UCCUGAGCUACAGAGUGGUUACGUUGAGCAAUAGUGCUAAUUUAAGUUUGGUCCAAAGGUGAGAGUCUUUAUAAUGAAGUGACGUUGUUUUUGACGGCGACGAUGAUACCAUGAAACUUGUGUGACGUUGUGUGUGCAUGUCAGUGCUUCUGGGAGGGUGAGAGGCAGUCAUUAACCAGCCAGUACAAUGUCCAAGUCCGCUCUCUGGCAUCCAAAGAAUCCUGAUAGCUACCCGAUACAGAUUGACAUGGGUGACCCAGUUUCGGGGGGUAAUAGAUCUGGUGAGGUUUGCAGUGGCCGAACUCGUAAACGAAUUCUUGAUCCUUUGGAAGCUCACGAGGAUGACAACAAUGCUCGCCGUCUUGGAGUCUUCACUGACUGGCAAGAAGCAAUAAAAAGCAUAGGAGUGCCGAGUAAAAAAGGUUACAUAUCUGUAGAAGGAGGCCAUCAGCGACACUGGGAAUCAGAGGACAUUGAUCAAGGACUUGCAGAAGAUUUUGAUGACUCCCUUUCAGGUUUAGGGGUUGACAUAAGCACUGCAUCGUACAACAUGAGUGAGGCUUUACUUGCUCUUCCUUCUGUGUCACAGUUCAAGGAGGAGGCAGCAUCACCGAACCAAGACAAGCAAAGUAUUACAUCGUCCACCCCUGCAACAUUUGAUGAUUCGUCACAAAGCAAUACAACUGACAGGCUUUUCAAGCUUUUGAGCAGUGAUAGUAUAUCAGAAGGUCCUCCACCUAGCAUUCAUCAACUACUACAGCAACAUCUAACUCCUGGGGCCAACCAGGGAACACUGCAGCAUCAAACAACCUCAUCCGCAAAUCUAGUUUCCUGCCACCACACUGCCCUCUCAUCCGUCCAUUCAUCAAGCACAGAUGUCACACAUGAACCUGUUUCUAUCUCCCCUCAAAAUAUGUCUUACGAAGACAGCAGAUUCCAAUAUAUAUUGGGGGCUGCAACAUCUGUAGCAACGAAGGUGAAUGAAGAAAGUUUAUCGUACCUGAACCAAGGCCAGUCAUACGAAAUCAAAGUAAAAAAAUUGGGCGAUCUCACAAGCUGUAAAGGAAAAUUGUAUCAUAGCAUAAUAAGAGUAUGUUUCCAUGAGCGACGUCUACAGUACAUGGAGAGACAACAACUUGACAGUUGGCGACAGAUGCGACCGGGAGAGAGAAUACUGGAAGUUGAUAUUCCUCUUUCUUACGGUGUAUUUGAUGUGAAGCAAGACUCAAAAUCUCUCAACAUGUGUGAAUUUGACUGGGAUCCAACAAAAGAAGUGGGAGUUUAUAUUAAGGUGAAUUGCAUCAGUACUGAAUUCACCCCAAAAAAGCACGGUGGCGAGAAGGGUGUACCUUUUCGCAUUCAGGUGGAGACUUACAACCAGACGAGCUCUGGGUUGGAGCGGUUACAUGUGUGUGCUUGUCAAAUCAAAGUUUUUAAGUUGAAAGGAGCUGAUAGAAAACACAAGCAAGACAGAGAGAAGAUAAUGAAAAGAUCACUCUCGGAGCAGGAAAAAUAUCAGCCGUCUUGUGAAUGUACCAUUUUAACCGAGUUGUCCCCAGAGGCAGUUUAUGUACCUGUGGCAGAGUCCUCAUCACCUAUAGCCACACCCAUAGCUGGAGUUAAAAGUCUCUCAUUAAGGGGACACAGUCCAUCAAAUGAUAUAAAAAGUGAUCCAUCAUCCUCAGAACCAUUAAAAAAUAUUGAAAAUGGUAAUCCACAUGAUCCAGACGAAGAUCAAGAUAAUCCGGUAAGCAAGAUUGAUAACUUUCCAAGUGGUCUCUCGCUCAAGGGGAAACUGAUAUUCCAGAAAGUAAAUAUAUGUUGA